GUCAAAAUUCUUUUCACAACAUAUAUUAAAAUAUGUUAAGAUCUUCCAAAAUUUUUAACUGCAUAUAAGAACGGAACCGCAAUCACCACUACUCAGCUGAGACCAUCUGAACGGACACAAAUAUUUUAAUAGUCAAAAUUUUUUUAAGUAUUGUCGUCGUGACACAGUUUUAUUUAAGCGCUAUAUGGCUCAAGCGAACCUUGAGAAUCUUUGCACAGCUUUAUGUGCGACAGAAGACCCGGUGCCUGCCUAUCCACUGAUAGCGCGCACAUUAAAAAAGAAUUCACCGCCAGCCUGCGACGCCUUCGGACCAUUUCCAGAUGAGACUAUUGUGUCGGGUAUCGAUCGUGCGCUCUAUCUUAUGGGCGCACGACGCGUACAGGAGUUUCUGCACCUGCCCACACCAUCGCUGGACUCGAGCAAUAGCGAUAUUUCGCUUACCGUGUCGCAAGUGUCUUGCCCGAACUCACAUAGACCGUGUCGUAAAUGUAGUACGGUCAUAACGUCUGAUACCAAGGACAAAAAUAAAUUACCGAGUUGCUUGAAAGUUACCAAAACCUGCACUUGCCCCAAAUGCCGGGCCAGCACUGCACAAACGAUGACUUUCUCUAAAAAGCCCUGUUGUUGUUGUGGCAGCUCGUCGGCACGCUCUUCGAAAAGUAGCUUAGCUUCGCAUGUACAAAUCUUUGAACCACCCAAAUCAAUGAAUCCGCUGAAACGUUCAUUUUCGAUGUGCUCACUGGCCUGCCGAAAGUUAAAACAAAUGUUGACCUUUCCAUCAAGCGACGGCCAGAAGGCAAAAUGGUUGUGGGCACGCCUACAUUCCACAGAUAAUGGCUGUCAAGUCUAUGAGAUAUUCAAAAACUCCAAUGUGUGCACACAUCCGUCGGAGUUUGAGAAGCAACGGAUGCCACAAGUCAUCUUCGUCGUGCUACAAAAUGGCGCUAUAAUGCCAUUCGAAAUUUUGCCCUCCCACUAAGGAAGCAAGCGAAAAGGGUGCGAGAG